AUGGCUAUUUCCGAAAUACUCAAUAACAUCAAACUUUCAAUGAAAGUUGAUCUUUGCUUUGUAUUAGAUUGCACUGAUUCUAUGAGGUAUCAUAUUGCUGCUGCUAAAGACUGUAUCUUUAAAGUGACGAAUUAUAUUAAACAUACAAAUCCAAGCAUUGAACUUUGGGUUGGUUUUUGUGGCUAUCGAGAUCAUAAUGAUGGAUCUUCGCGUCUACAAAUUUUCGAUUUUAACGACCAAUAUGACCAAUUUGUACAAUAUAUGCUUAAUGUAACACCGUCUAGUUCACCAGAUAAUGAUAUUCCAGAGGAUGUUCUUGGAGGUCUUAAUGCAGCAAUAACAAAAAUGAAUUGGAAAAAUGACACUCGGAUUCUUCUUCAUAUUGGUGAUAAUCCACCACAUGGUGGGAAUUUUACAAAUUUGACAGAUAAUUAUCCAAAUGGUGAUCCAUAUGGUCUAACCGCAGAAAAUGUACUAGAAAAGAUGAAAUCAAAAAGUAUUCUUUAUUUUUUUGGGAAAAUUACAAAUGAAACUGAUAAAAUGCUUAAAAUAUUCAGUGGUAUAAUUGGCGAAAUCCCUGUAUUUGAUCUUAUGGAAGAUGAUUCAAUUAAAUUAUUUGAAAAAUUUAUUAAAUUUGUUUCAUCAUCAAUCACUACUUCCGUUACACUAGUCAGUGUGAUCGGAAGCAACUCUAAAGAUAUAUAUGCUUUACAACAAAGAAAACUCAAUAUGAAUCCAAAUGAACCCAAUUGGGAUAAUCUUAAAUUACAAAAAGGAAAUCUGUUGUGGUAUUAUUGUAUUCCUAAAACUCUGGAUGAUCUCAAAAAUCCAGGAUACUUCAACAAAUCGAACCUCUCUUAUAAAAGUUUCACCUUCAAGAUUGCUUCACAACCGUUUUCUGCGGGUGCUGAGAAAUAUGCUUACUUUGCUCGUGAUAUCAAGAGUAAACCAGAAAAAGAAAUAGUAAUGAAAGAAUACCUUAAAGUUGGGCGAAAUAAAUCUUUUGAAAGAUAUCUUGAGGCAGUAGAAGUUUCUACGGUUGCACAUUUUCUUUCUACGAAAUUUAAUUUAAUUGCAGAAAAAAAAAAUAUUUCUAAAGUAAAUUUUCUCGAGGUGAAACUUUUACGUGUUUGUAAUCGAUAUUAUACUAUAGAACCAAAACUUAAUGCAGAGUAUAAACGAUUCAAUUCAAAUACUGGUGUAAUUUCAAAACUUCGUCAUACUCUUGAAGCAUUUGCUCACUUCACAUAUGAAUACACUAAAGGAUAUUUAGUGGUUUGUGAUCUUCAAGGAAUUGAAAUAACUGACAAAUUAUUAACAUUUCAAGGAAUUGAAGUAGUUACUGACGAAUUCUUAUUAACUGAUCCAGCAAUACAUUGUAUUAAUCCUUUGAGAUUUGGAGGAACAAAUAUUGGCAAAAAGGGAAUUAACGAAUUGUUCUUGGCAAAUCAUAGGUGCAAUGAUAUUUGUAAAAAGUUAAAAUUGAGUCAUGUUCAAUAA